AUGUUAAAACAGUCGUCAGCUACUAUCUUUGUCACAGCGUUACUUGCAGCUCUGCAUGUAGCGGCAUUAGUGGCUGCAGUUGAUCCAUCGGUUUCAGAAGUCCCUGUUAUUGAGAUAUACAUGCAUGACGUUCUCGGAGGCAACAGCCCUACAGCCAGGCCUAUCACUGGCUUACUAGGAAACAUCUACAGCGGCCAAGUGCCGUUUGCAAGACCAGUAGGCUUCCUCCCACCCAAAGGGGUAGCCAUUCCUAAUUCCAAUGGUGCCCUUCCAACUGUUAAUGGAAACGGCAUUCCACUAGGUACUGGCUUAGCAGGUACAGCUUUUGCUGGAAAUAUCAACAACAAUGGUAAUAAUGUGCAGACUCAGUUAGGACCGGAUAAUUUAGGACUAGGAUUUGGAACAAUCACAGUCAUUGAUGAUAUAUUGACCACUGCACCUGAGUUGGGCUCACAGGCAGUAGGGAAAGCUCAAGGAGUCUACAUAGCAAGCUCUGCAGAUGGGAGUACACAGAUGAUGGCUUUUACUGCCAUGCUUGAAGGAGGAGAGUACGGUGAUAGCCUCAACUUCUUUGGAGUAUUCAGGAUAGGGAGCACUAUGUCACGGCUGUCAGUGACCGGAGGUACUGGAAAGUUUAAACAUGCUUGUGGAUUUGCAGAGGUGCGUUCGCUUAUUCCAGCUGGUCAACAUGUUGCAGAUGGCGUAGAAUCAUUGUUGAGGAUCACCAUUCAUCUUAACUCUUAAAGUUGUUCUGCAGCAAGAUGCAUUUGUCUGUGUGUUUCCACCAAUCUCAGGUUUAUCUGCAAUUUCCUUUGUAAUAUGUUAAUGUGUGUGAUAUGAGCACGUAUGCAAAAGAAACAAAAUAUAUACA